CACAAACACAGACACAGGCAUCCUACUGGAGUGAAGUGAAGAUCUUUCCAGUGAACUGGCGAUAAGCCUGUUCUCUCUAUCUAAUUCACUGCUUAUUUUCUCGCCUAGAAGCAUUUUACACCUCGCUCACCUUGAUCUUACUCCCUAUAGCUCCACCACGACUGCUACGACUGCUGCCGUCGCUGUAUAGCGCAGUAUCGCCUGAAUAUCAAGCACUUGCAUGCCCAUGGCACCCGUUGAGGAGGAUCAUCCGAUACACGGGUGGCUAGAAGGCCUUACAACUGAAGAGGCCGCAACGGCGUCGGAUCGUAAACCUCUGCAACCACCAACUACUCCUCGAUCUCAGGGCUUCGCUACCUUAGAUCUACCCUUCAGUCACUACGACUCGCCAAAUUCCACCUUCACACUUGAAACGUCCAUAUUCGAGAGGCACAACACGGAAGUCUGCGAAGAUGAUCGCCUAAGCGUUAGUACUGGUGCAUCUUCGGUGUACUCUGCUAGUGACCAGCCAGAUACCGACUCUACGAAACACAGAUCUUCCAAUGUAGCUACUACUACUAAUCUAGCUCCCCACGAUGAAUCAGCUCUUGGGACGCCUACGGAAUCACCGCCACGCGACCUUGUGGUGAAUACGGAGAUUCCGUCUCUAACAAAGCCAAUGUUGGUAUGGGUCACAUCGUGUCUCCAGUGCGUGCUUAAAGGGCUUCCAUGCGACAAGACUGUACCUCGCUGCUCACGAUGCCUGCGCUGCGGUGAAGAAGGUCACUGUCUGUUGCAAUUCGUUCCUUACCACGAUUCGUGGACGACGCCAAUUCUUGUACGGUUUUCCAGCGAUGACCACCAAGUCACUGAGGAAAGAGAGGAACAACAACGUGAGCUUCUCAAGAAUUGGCAAUCCCGAGUAGAGCGUAGAAAUUGGGCCUUACCUUUUGUCGGCAAGCAUAGCAAAGCAGCGAUCGUUCACACGAUCAAGGGCACCUUUCUCAGAUGCCAGCAUAAUCCGACGCAUCCAGGCCGUGGUGAGGGCAGGGAGCGGCAUGCAAUGCUCGAGCUUACGAGUGAGGCAGUGAGGGAUGCCCGACAGGUCUACACUUACACUCCCGUUUGAGGGUAUAUUUAGUACGUCAUAUGAGGAGCGGAACAUCAUAAGCAUUAU